AUGUGGGGGUCCCUGAUGAUUGAUCAGAUACGGGGAUCCCUGAAGCUUGAGCAGAUACGUGGGUCGCUGAAGUUUGAUCGGAUACAGGCGUCCCUGAGGCUUGAGCAGAUACGGGGGUCACUGAAGCUUGAGCAGAUACGGGGGUCACUGAAACUUGAGCAGAUACGGGCGUCCCUGAGGCUUGAGCAGAUACGGGGGUCACUGAAGCUUGAGCAGAUACGGGGGUCACUGAAACUUGAUCAGAUACGGGCGUCCCUGAUGCUUGAGCAGAUACGGGGGUCACUGAAGCUUGAGCAGAUACGGGGGUCACUGAAACUUGAGCAGAUACGGGCGUCCCUGAGGCUUGAGCAGAUACGGGUGUCACUGAAGCUUGCUCAGAUACGGGCACCCCUGAGGCUUGAGCAGAUACGGGGGUCGCUGAAGCUUGAGCAGAUAUGGGGACACCUUCGCAACCAGGAACAAUUCCCAACUGUCAAAAUGUAG